AAAGGCAAGGAAACACCAGAGUGCAGAUUUUGUUGAGAAGGACCAAAGGGUUGCAUGUCAAAUGUCCACAGAAGGUCAAAUAAGACAUUGCUGGAUGAGUUCAUCAAGGAAUCUGAAGAACAAGAAUGAAACAAAUGACAUCACCACAUUCACACAGAUCUGAAAAGGAACCGAUGGAGAGAAGACAGAGAGAAGACAGUGAGACAGAGGAGAGGUGGCAGGGUGAUGAUGAGAUGCUGACAAGAGAGCAGGAGGAGGAAAAUGAAGAUGAUUUGCUAUUCAGCCUUGGACAAGACGGGGAUGACAAGGAGGAGCUGAAGGUCUUUGAAUCUGAGGAUGAGGAGGAUCAAGGAUGCACUCCCCUUAUAACAGCCUGUCAUAAAGGCGUGACAGAGGUGACGCAGCAGCUGCUGAAGACCGGGGCUGAUUUAACCUUGUGUAAGUGUAGCCAGCAGACGGCCCUCCAUGUAAGCCCUCCUGAGCUCAGGGGAAAAGUGCUGGGUUGGAUGUCAAGGCCUCAUCUGCCUCCCCAGGCACAGCUGCUGCAGGCUUCCUGGCAGGGAGACUUGCACUCCCUUCAGCACCUGCUGGCCCAGACAGACAAAGUGGAUGUGAACGCUCCUAACAGUGACGGUGUGACACCUGCGUUGCUUGCUGUCAGGGACAUUGACCUGUUUGAGGGCUUAGCAACACAGUUGCCAUGGGAACACAGGCCUGUGGAGGCGGUUAAGGAACUGCUAGGACUCACAGCUGAUCUGCAAGUACAAUACCACAGUGGUCGCUCUGUGCUCCACUAUGCUGCUAACCUCAACAGCCCUCUGAAGGAGGAGAUCAUUUAUAUGAUGGCUGAGGUCCUAAGUCACACAGAUCCUGCCCCUGUGUCACCCCAGGACAAAUAUUCAUGUCAAGAUAUGGAUUCAGAAUUUGGAGAGUUGGAAGCAGAGCUGGACAUUGAGAGCCUUUAUUCUGCAGCAGCCUCCCCCACGAAAACAUCAACCCCUCAGCACUGCUUCCUGCUUUAUAGCCACACUGGGCCAGUGCUAGAGUCUCCAGAGUGCCCUCCUCUAUCGAACCAUCAUACAGGUCUUAGCCAAAAUAAGGGGAUCCCCCUCAGUUUCCAAAACACCAUGGAAACAUUGCAAGACAUCAAGCCAGCCAACCUGGAUGCAGGGAGGGGAAGCAGCAGAGGUUUGUCUCUGCCAAGUCUGAGCAACAGCAGCAGACGGUGGAACCAACUAUAUCCUGCUCCCCCAUGUGACUUACUGAGUAACAGGACCCCCUGCCUGCCAGUACCCCCUGGACAUAGACAGAGAACAAGAAGUGUGGCUGGCGAAUCCCCAUCCUCCCCUGGCCGGCUGUUGGUGGCUAAGCCCAGCCAGCUCAGCCGAUCCGCCCCCAGCCUCAUGGAACCUCUGCUGUGUUCCAACACACUGCUGAAGACCAGGGCACACAUCCAGACCCGACUCGGUUCUCAUGAAGCUGUAAAUGAACAAAAGGGUCUCUUGCCAGCUCUGCAUCCCCGAAUGCCCAAGUUGUUGGCGCCACUGGACAGCAAGCCCAGAGACAGUGCAGCUCUGCCAGUGUUAAAGCACCAUGUUCCCCUAAAACCCAUCAGCCAGAGCCCCUUUUUCUCCAGGACCCAGCUGAGGAGAGAGAGGCUGUCAUGGGGCAGCCCAUGCACUGGCCAUCCGACUACUAAAGGUGGUAGCGAGGAGAGCAGGUCCAGCAGCAGCCAGAGUUCAAUUGACCUGGAAGAUGACAAUGAAGAAGAUGAAAGGGAUAUACAGGAGAGAGCUUCAGAAAACAGCAAUCUGAAAUUUGUUGAAGACAGGCUAUUUCAGCAUUUGAAGGAUAUGAGCUCUACUGAGGCUGAUUUGGUUAAGGAGACAAGGCUGCAUUUUAAAGUUCAGUCAAGAAGCCACAGAUCAGCGCAUAUCCUGAACGGAGAGCUUAUCAAUCAUGCAAGUGAUAUUCUCAGCACUGAAAAAGCUACGAACUCUGACUACAGAGGCAAAGCCACAAAUAUGAAUUAUUCAAACGAGCUUGCUGAUAAUCAUUCCCAUAUAAAAUGUGACUAUGCAAAACAAGAUGACACUAUGAAUCAUUUUAAAGACAACAAAAUGCCUAUCAAAUCAGAGGAAAGGAAGGAUGUGUGCUGCACUAUAGAACCUUUCAUUAUGAGUAGCAAUGGAAAUAUAUUUAAUAUCAAAGAUGUCCAAGGUGUUGAUGCUGUUACAUGGUCUGAAUCAAAUCACAGAAAUAAACUUUACCAUGCAAAAGAGACAAUGAAGAACUCCUGUGAUGAAGAAAUCCAGGAAUAUAACCCAACCCUUCAUAAUGUGAAGGAUGGAAAGUUAAAUACCAGCACAGCUGUGGGGAAAACUGAACUCUUCACUUCAGCUGUAAACCUUCCACAGUCAGAUGUGUCUUGGAAGAGUAACGAGAAGAUGGUAAAAGCCUUCGAACCUGGCCAGGUCAUGGAGGAAAGGACCAGCAUGAACUGUGAACUAAGAAAAAAUAAUCAAACCAACCAGUCCUUUGACAUGCUAGCACUCAAAGACAGAGGCUUCAUAAGUUGGAGUAAGUCUAAAAGCAAUCUGAAGUACUCCUCACUCUCCACACGAGUGAAGGAUAAAACCAGGAAAAGCCCUGAGCUAAUUAUUAGCGGAGAGGCCAGUGUAACUAAAGUAAAAUCAAAGCUUAAACCUGUUAAAGGUGCUCAUUGUAACACUAGCACCCCAUCACCACGAAAAAAGGUUACUGAUCUUGCACAAGGCAAAAGAGCAAAUACUGAGAAGCUGAACAGCAGAGCUCAACAUACACCACUGAGAGAGCUGAAGAGCGCCCCGCAGUUGAAGAAACUUAGCGAAGCGGGGACACAGAGGUCUAAAUCUUCUGUGGACUUCAUAGCUUACAAGGACAUGUUUCAACAGAUACAGACUGGGAAAGAAGGACCAGCUAUUUAUGAGAUGUUUGCUGGUCCUAUCUAUGAUAACCUAAGGGCUUCCAGCACCAGUAAGAAGACAAACAGGCAAGUGCAGUCUGCUCCUCCUAGCAACGCACAGCAGUUUCAUAAAGUCAAAUACAGACCCUUGAAACAACCUCAGUAUAAGCUGAGGAGAAGUCCAGUGGAGAGUGGAGCAGUUCCAUCUAAAAACAAAGCUAGAUUUGCAUACCCUAGAGCAAAACGUCACCUCACACCUGUAUCAAGGAAAGCCACUUAUAAAAAGGGCAAUAUCCCUAAACUGGAUGCCAAGUUAGUUCUCUCUAAGCAUAGUGAGACUUGUCAUAAAAGUGCUCAAGAAGAGACUGAAGAUCACAAGUUACCUACCAUACUGGAGGCUCUUACUGUAUAUGAGCGUGAAGCAUUGAAAUCUGAUGAUAAAACAUUGACUAGACCAACAACUCCAUCACAUGCUGGAGAUUAUAGUCGCAUUAAUAUACAAGAAACAACUGGGAAUUCAACAGGAAACCUAUACAGACCAGUUCCCGACCAUGUGUUUGCUGAAAGCCCUCAACAGCCAAAGAUUAGCACUUGGACAACUUCUAGCAGCAGCAACCGCACCAUUAUGUCACCAGUUUACCAGAGGUUUCUGGAUGAGGUGGGAGAUGGGCCGCUUACAGAUGACCUCCUGCAAUGUCUGGCUGAAGAGCUGAUCUCCCUGGAUGAGAAGGAUGUUACCACAAGCCCAUGUCCUGAUAACAUGGAGUGCAAAAGAGAAGUAUCAAGAAAAAAUGUAUUUCCUAAGGUUUCUUCAACUGACAGUGCUGAUCUGCUUGACUGUGGCUUCGCUGUAGAUGACACUAUCACGUGGACAAAGGGUGAGGUACUUGGCAGAGGAGCAUAUGGGAUAGUGUACUGUGGCUUGACCAGCCAGGGCCAGCUGGUAGCUGUGAAGCAGGUGAGCCUGGACACCUCUGACCCUGACACUGCAAAGGCGGAGUACAGUCGCCUGCAGGGGGAAGUGGAGCUGCUUAAAACCCUUAGACACACCAACAUUGUGGGCUUCCUAGGGACCUCGCUUUAUCAGCAUGUGGUUUCCAUAUUUAUGGAGUAUAUCCCUGGAGGAUCCAUUGCUAGCAUCCUUCACAGGUUUGGUCCUCUGCCAGAGCGAGUCCUGGCUCUAUACACUCAUCAGAUCUUGGAAGGGGUGGCUUAUCUUCAUCUGAACAAGGUGAUUCAUCGUGAUUUGAAGGGAAAUAAUGUCAUGCUGAUCCCCACAGGCAUCAUCAAGCUCAUAGACUUUGGCUGUGCACGACGUCUCAGCUGCCUGAACCACACUGCUAGCAACAGUGGAGACCUGCUUAAGUCUGUUCAUGGCACACCUUACUGGAUGGCACCAGAGGUUAUCAGUGAGACAGGAUAUGGCAGGAAGUCAGAUAUAUGGAGCGUAGGUUGCACAGUGUUUGAGAUGGCCACAGGGAAACCACCACUAGCACACAUGGACAAGAUGGCUGCCUUGUUCUACAUUGGGGCUCAAAAAGGGUCGAUGCCGUCCUUACCAGAUGGGUUCUCAAAUGAUGCCAAGGAUUUUGUAAAAAUCUGCUUGACAAGUGACCAGAGACUUCGACCAUCUGCAGACCAGCUGCUUAAGCAUUCCUUCAUCUGCAAAAAGGAAGCUGCAAUGAACUCCUGGGGAACGCAAAAAAAGAAUUGCUGUAGUCACGCAGGGGGACUAUGCUGUUAACAGGGAGUUACACUAAGAGCUGGGGGCACUACAUUACAAAUUCUAUUAAGGACAAACUGUAGCCACUGUAUUGUUGUUAGUUUAAAAGGAACUACACAUGAGAAGCACUCGUCUACAUUUCACACUGAGAACCACUAAAUUGUGAAUUGAUUUUGGGUAUUUUCUACAUCUCAUUAAUGUGCCAGUCAUAAUUUUGUAUUUAUUCAAUUUAACUCCAUGUGUGGUACAUUUAGGUUCUGAUGGGUCCAAUAUUACAGCAUUUUGUUUUUGUGAGUUACUGAUGAAAUCAGUGUAAAAGUGUGCUUAGAAGGCUAAUAAGAACAAUUUGUUACCAUAAGCUACUGCAUGCCUAUUCAAAAUCAAAUCUAUAAGCGAUUUCAAUGCUCCUGGUCUUUUAACAUUGUUAGAAUAUGUGUAUAAUAAAACAGUAACCAGAAUUUAUACCGUUAGGGGAGUGGUACCUUUAAACUUUAUUCAUGCUUUUGAAAUGAAGAGAAGAGUGGCUUUUGCUCCCUUGUCCACAUCUGCUGUUGUUCUGUGUGCCCACUGUUCAACUGUAAAAUCCUUUGUGUUGUACAAACAGUCCAGACUGAGACUUGGGCAUUCUGUGCACUCUAAAAAUACAUGAGUAACCCAGUCAAGAACAGAGGAAGCUGGGUCAUGUCAAGAUUUUAGAACAUAAAGUUUAAUGUUUGAAACUGAUGUAAAGAUGUGACCGGACUGGCACACAACUGUAAAAGGAAAUUCAACCAAUCAGAUGACAAUGCCAGUGAACAGGACCUACUGUAUCAAGCACGCCCACAGUGUAAAUUCAUCUAGUUUCCAACAUAUCCAGUGGGUCAUCUUACAUAUAGACUAUUAGUCACUAUUCUUGAUUAGAAAAGUGCCAACAAGUUUUUUUUUUAUUUUUUUAUUCUUCUUCUUAAUGGUACCAUUUCAAUGGCUGAUUGAAUAAUACAUGUGCCUCCUUUAUGGACUGAUAUCUAAAGGGCUACAGCUUCAUGUUAUGAAAUUAUGUUUGUACAUCAAAAUAAAAAGGAUUAUGUAAAAGAUAAUAGCACACUUCUACUGUCCUUUCUUUUUUCCUUUUUGAGGCUCACCCUUUGGCAUCCAGCUUAUGGUCUACUUAGGAGAUCAAAGAAAAUACAUUUUUGGUACAAACUGCAUCGCUCCGAUGUAAUAAGUUGGUGUCAGAUGUGCCGGUGUCGCUGAGGAUGCCAAAUGAUAUUCCCUGUGACUGGAAAGCACAGGUUAAGCACCCUCUGUAGGAAGGCUGUCAGAAGCGCACGCCAGUGGAACACUCACCAGAUGACGACCAAUGGCAGGUCAACAAAAUAAGUCUUUUAUAGUUAUUACAGUUAUUUUGUUAUACUUAUAAGCAGCUCCAAACCUGAGUAGUCAUGGUAUAACUUUUCUUCUUUAAACAUACAAAAACGUAUGUACACUUAUGUCUACUUCCUGUAAACAGCAAGAAAGCGCUCUUCUUUUAAAUCCCCUUGAUGAUUGAAACAUGCAAAUCAUACGCACAGUACUGAAGUAUAAAAAGAAAUUGAGACGAGAGUAACUGAGGAGAUGAAACUUACACCUAAAAAAAAAAAAUGCGUCCAUUAUAACCCUACACGGAAUGCAGG